AUGAAACCUAUAGCUCCAUCAUCUCCAUUUCUCUCCUCAAUCAGGCGGUACUUGGUCCAGCAACCCCGAUGGGCCCAUACUGAGGCAACGCAAGAAGCAAUUGAAGAACAGACCCUGCCAUCCUACUAUCGAAAGACCUACUAUCCAGUGAGAAUUGGCCAAAUUUUUAACGAUCGUUAUCGAAUAAUUGCAAAACUUGGCUAUGGCGCAUACUCAACCGUCUGGCUUGCAAAUGAUGAAAGGGCAAAAGAAUACAAAACGCUGAAAGUUACUGUGCAAGUUGAUGACAGUACGGCCUCGACUUCUCCUGUCUUAAAUGAGAUCAAGAUGCUUCGACACAUGAAGACAUUCGUCGACAAGGAACAUCCCGGACUUUUUUUCACACGCCUUGCCGAUGACAUUCUUGAGAUUGACGGCCCAGCUGGCGGCCGCCAUUAUUGCGUAGUAUCUAAGCCACAGGGGAACAGUGUCCAUAUUUCACCCCAAAAUGUUUUGAUGUAUCUAUUCGACGAUACCAGCAGCCUUGAGCAGGUUGAGGAGAUGGAAUCCCAAGAACCUAGUGUACCCAUUAUCGCAAAUGACUAUGGAUCCGCGUCGCAUAUCACUUAUAAAUCCCGGUCUACCAUGCUAGAAAUAUCUGGCCAUCCCAUUCUCACGGAUUUUGGCCAGAUGCGGCACGUUGAAGGAUGUAUAAACCAGGACUGGUGGAUGCCUGACAUAUAUAGGGCUCCAGAGGUGCUCUUGCAGCUCCCUUGGAGCUAUGCAGUGGAUAUAUGGUCGAUUGGUGUCAUGACACUUGAACUCCUCGAAGGCAAAAAUCUCUUCGAUCCAGUAGAUCGUGUCCACAGGCAGUAUGUACUUCCGUUGGCCAUAGCACAGUACAUAGGAUAUCUUGGCUUUCCUCCACUGAAUAUUAUCGAAAAGAGCCCACUCUUCUCAACUUACUUUGACGCAAAAGGUGAAGCUCCAAUACCCAAGACCAGCUUGGAGGAUUUUGUAACAACCAUACCACCAGGCAAAGAAAAAGACAUGUUUCUCCGGUUCAUACGGAAGAUUUUGACAUGGGAUCAGGAGGCAAGAGAAACUGCGAACGAAAUUAUACUUGACGAGUGGCUCAUGAUGCCGAACGAAAGCCUUUGA